AUGCGACUGGUAGAUCUCCUGCUGGUUCUGUUGUUUGAGGGAAGAUGUGCAUUGCCCAAGUCCUGUGUCAGUAUUCCCAAGGGAGGGAUUGCCAGUCUACGAAGGUUUGACAGGUCACAUGAGAAUUCACACAGACAGCUUAUUGAUUGCAUCAGAAGUAAGGACACAGAUGCAGUCAUAGAUGCUAUUGAAAAUGGUAAGAUUACCUUAAUUUGUAUAAUUUUGUUAAACUUCUUUUAGCGGAAAGUCUUGUGCAGCCAAUUGCCGAAACCUGAAGGCUCUUUGUGCUUUCUAAGUGACAUGUGUUACACAGAAAAUGUUUGUUUGAGCCAGUUGUUCUUUAAUGUUUGAGGAAGCAAUCAUUCUCUCCAAGUUUCAGUGCAAGUCUAGAAAGCUUGUAACCCUUUAAAAUCCAAAAGUGAUAAUGAGUACAGAAGAUUCCCCUGACACUCCCUCUAAAUUUUUGACAUUAUUGGUCAUGUCUUAUUGUGCCAGUCAUUCCAUGAGGAACAUUUAUGCUGAUGAUUGAGAUCAUACUGCCUGAAGUUAAUGUACAUUUUAGCAAUUUGUUUAAAGGAAGUGAAUUUUUGUUGUACUUUUAUGUUUGACUCUAGAUUUCUAAAGCAGAUCUGUUUGUGAAAUUGCUUUGUGCUGGGACUUAUAUGUAGGGUUGCAUAUUUUUAAACUGCAGGUGGAUUUGAGGUGAACUUUAUGGAUGAUGUUGGACAGACACUUCUCAACUGGGCCUCAGCAUUUGGAACAUUAGAGAUGGUAGGUUACUUGCAGCUUUACAGGUUUGAGAAUGUUUUUCUGGGUAUUUUUAAUAAGCACUGGCUGUACAUGUAUUGUUUAUUUUGUCACAUGGGUGGUAUUAAAAAAAUUUGUUAGUUCUCAACAAGAAAUCGAACCAUAGACAUUUAGAUUUUUCUUGUAAUACUCAACCACUGAGCUAUAGAGACCCUAGUAGUGAACUACAGUAAGCCUUAUGCUAGCCUCAAAUGCAACAAAUGUCCCACUAAUUACUAUCAGGAUCAGAAAAUUUAAAAAAUGCAUAUUUUCAUCAAAAUAGUGUGGCCCUUACUUGAAACAAGACUAAAAUGUUAACAAAGCAAGAAGUUCCAUCAGACUUUCAUGUGCAUUCUGCAGUCAUUACAUAUGCAUUUUGCAAACUUGAUUACUGACCAUAGGACACCUUACCAGGAUUACUUGCAGUUUUGUAACUGUUAUCAACAUUAUCAUUUAGGUGGAAUAUCUUUGUGAGCGAGGAGCAGAUGUCAAUAGAGGUCAGAGGUCAUCAUCUCUACAUUACGCUGCUUGCUUUGGUAGACCUGCUGUUGCAAAGGUGAUCUACAUGUACAUGAACUGCCUGCAUAUUGAUACUGAUGGGCCAAAUCCCUAAUGCAUAGUGCAACUGGUAGUAUUUCUCCACAAAGAACUAAAAACAACCUUUUUUCACAAACUGAAAAUGAAAUUGCGUCAUUACAUACACAGGGAAAUUUUUUUUUUACUCAGGGAUGGGUAAGAGAAGGAUAAAAAUUGUUGUUCGUGACAGCAAUAUCAUGACAAAAUGAGCAAAUGUUUUUUGGCAUGACAGGAGACUGCAGGCAGACUGAAUCAGGUGGUACAAACUUCAUCUAACAUUGGCCCUUGAUGGGGUCUCAUCUAUCAGAUUGGAAGACAUCUCACAUUGUUGGGAUAUAUUUUUCCUAGGGGACACUUAAGUCUUUCCAUUUGGUCAUUACUUUCAAUUCCAGAUGCAAUCUAUAGUUGAGUAGCCUUAUCUGUAGUAACUUUGCUGGUUUUGUCAUUUUUUAAGACUCUGCUAAGGCAUGGUGCUAAUCCUGACCUUAGAGAUGAAGAUGGUAAAACUCCAAUGGAUAAAGCAAGAGAGCGAAAUGACGAAGGCCACAGGGAAGUUGUACAUAUUCUACAAUCACCAGGUAUUGUAUUUUUUUCUGCUCUGAGAUUUGAAGAUUUUCCCCAAACCAGUUUUUCGUCCAUUUUUACUGGUCUAUUUUGCAGGAGUAGAUCCUUUCUUCAAAAAAUUCAGCAAGCUCCUUGAACCUCAGAACUCUAAUCUUGCGACAAAAUUCCAAAAUCAAAAUACUUAAAGUAAUCCUCAGUCUCAAAGCUUGAUUCUUGACUUUGAAACGUUUAAGAAAUUGGGAUCAAGUUUCAAGUCAAGAAUGUCAAUUUACUCUCAAUUGGUUCUGUCGCAACAAUUCUUCCCUAUUUUGUGACCUUAUGUAAGUAAACUUUCAAAGUUUAAAGGGGGUAAGUUUCUUAAGAAAGUGUGGUGCUGCGUCGGUGGGAGAGUAUAACAAGGUAAUUUGGUAUCAUAAACUAAGUUGAUAACGUAAAUUGGCCACGGUUAGGAGUUUCAAAGCUGACGUUUCAAGCGAUAGCCCUUCGUCAGAGCAAAUGACGACUUAAAUCGUCCUAACGGUGGCCGAUUUACGUUAUCAACUCAGUUGAUAAUACCAAAUUACCUAGUUUCAAAGUGUAAGACUUAUAGCACUGCUUUACUACACCCUUUCACUCCCAAGAUCUCAUUAGUAAUUCUCCUCAUUGUCUUCUUUACGAAUCUUGUGAUGUUAGUUCUGAGAAUGUAAUAUUGGAUCAAUUAAUAAUCUCAUAACCGAUAUUUUCCUUUAUUCUCAUCACUUGUCGGCUCGAUAUUGUAUCGAUAUUGUAAGGAGAAAUUCUGUCUUGGUCACUUAUGGGAGUAUAAGGGUUAAGAGGCAUGCUCAUCACUGAUGGUUUUUUUUAUAGGUGAAUGGAUGGUUCCUGUGGGAAGUAGUUCCACUCCUUCCCCUGCACCGGAACAACCAACAGCCAGUCAAGAACCCGCCAGUGCUGAGGAGGAAGAAAAGAAAGAAGAGCCAGAGGAAGUGAAAGGAGAUCCAGAAAUGGCGCCGGUCUACCUUAAAAACCUCCUGCCAUUGUUUGCUAAAAACUACAAGGAGACGAUGAUGCCCAGCAUUAGGAAGGCAACUUUAGCUUUGAUGCGAAAAAUGAUCCAUUAUGCAUCACAAGCUCAGCUGGAAGAGCUGUCACAAAAUUCAACAUUUGCCUCAGUUAUUGUGGAAGUAUUGUCAGUGGUCUUGGAUCAUGAGGUGAGAAUAACCUUGUAUUGUAUCACUUGACUAGUUUUGUGCUUCAUUAAAUUGAUUCUACUCAUAAUUAGCUCGGAUGAAAUAAUAUCUGAGUCUUAAAAGAUUAAAUAAUGCUACAUUUUGGUGUCGAUAAAUGCACCCCAAACUCUAAUGAGCUACUCCAAGGAGGGAAAAACGUGAAGUGAGCUUUUGAUUAGACUGGUUGUGUGCAUCAACGACGCAGGUUGAACCAUACGCGUACAUCAAGUAACUAUCAAAUCUGGUGUCAUUAUCAAAUAGUAUGAUUUUCCGUAUUUUCGGCAACAGCUUAAGAGAUGGAAAGGCAAAGUAAUUACAGUUGUAAUUGCGCCAUAAUUCACCUUUUUUCUGUUACCUCCACAGGAUGACGAUGAUGGCCAUUUAACAGGUCUGCAGAUCAUAGAGGAUUUGUUAGAGAAGUGCCAGGAAACAUACAUCAGCCACUUGGCUCGUCUUGGAGUCAUCAGCCACGUGACCGAGCUGGCGGGACCAAUGCAGGAGGUGGAAACAGUGCAAGAGGAACCAACAGUGAAAGAAAAUGAAGAGGAGACUGAGAAAAAGGUAUGGGGCAGUUAUGAGCGGAGGCUAGUCUCAGAAUGGUGAGGGGUCUGGAGUCAAGCCUGUUGAAUUCCUGGCCAUACAAUUUCCCCUCACAGUGCUUCUCUCCAUCAAGGAGUGUGAAUGGGUACUGGCCAGCAAGCUGUUAACCCUUUACACGCUAACAUCAGUAUGUAAAUUCUCCGUAUUGUUCUCUAUGCAUUUCCUAAUGUGCUGACAAGGAGAAUUUGUUCAAUAAUCAAGAACUUCUUUAGUUGGUGAUCAUUUCCUUUAUUCUCGUGAACUUCAUGUUUGAUUCAGGGGUGAUAUUGUAUGGAGAAAUUAGAUGCUAGUCACUCUGAGGGAUCAAAGACUUAAGCCGGGAAAGUUGGGAAAUUUUCGUGGGUCUACCUGUAAUGAAAUAACAUUCCAUCAAAGAGGGAUGGAAACUAAUUGCUAUUAUGCCUUAUACUAAUCGAGACACUGCACAACUCGGUUUUAACAUUCACACCACUAAAGUACUCGAUGGCGCAAUGUCCAAACUUUCCAUAAAUUUGUGCCCGUCGAAGAUACUUAUUUCGAUUGUUCUAACCGAGGCAAAAUGUCAUUUUAGGGUGAGGACACAGUUCAAGAAGAUGCCAGCGACGUUGAACAAGGCAAGCCCUAUCAUUGGCACGACUGGUGUAUUGUGCGCAGCCGCGAUUGUCUCUAUCUUUGGAAUGAGUCAUGUGCGUUGGAGCUUUCUAAUGGCAGUAAUGGCUGGUUCCGCUUUAUUUUGGAUGGAAAACUUGCAACGAUGUAUUCAAGCGGAAGUCCAGAGGGAGGAUCGGACUCAUCUGGUAAGGGUUCGUCGCACCCCGCAUUCAGAUUACGAGCAGUCUCCCCCUUUUGGCGAAGUUCGUCGCGCGAGUCAAAAUGCAGCAAAAAACACAUAUUGAUGUUAUUGCGCCGCGCGGAACCCUGCGAGUGACCCGCGCUGUACAUUUUUUUGGCGGUCGGAGAUGACUUCGAGUUCUUGUACAAGUAGGGGAACUUAAACAAGGAAGGAAAAUUAAUUUCACAUCCUUUAUUGCGGCAUAUGGUUGAGAUACAGGUCUCUUAACGCAAUGGAAAAAUUGCACGGAAUUAUACCUCAUCUUGAUAUCUUUCUGUGAAAAAAGGGACUGAAACACUUUUAGAACUGAAGAAAAAGUUUUCUCGUGCAUACUCCUUGUUAAGUUUUCUCAUUAGGAUUAAGGUUAUUAAGUGUUGCAGCUUUUUUGCGGGACUUUAAUGCUUCAAGCCAAACAGUUUCCUUUUUUUUUCUAACUUAUCGGGGAAAAUUUAGAGCUCUUCUUUCAGGAAUGCAUGUGUAAGUCUAUCGUUGUUAGUUAGUUCUGGAGUUUUUUUUAAAAAAAUCUUCCUUUUGUAGAGAGCAGAGGAGAAUUCCUUGAAAAACUUCAGAGAGCCCGAGGCCAGGUGAAGCUCGGGACACCAAGCCAGCCACUUCUGUCUUCACCAAGCUCCACUCGACUCUCUGUGGGUAACUGGUCGCUGACUUGUACGAAAGACAAAGAAGUAUCUGUACACAAUGCCGAUGGACAACAAGCGACUAUACUCCGUGAAGAUCUUGCAGGCUUUGUUUUUGAGUCAAACAGGGGCACAAAACACACCUUCAAUGCCGAGACCUCCUUGGGGCCUGAGUUCGCUGCUGGUUGGAUGGGAAAGAGAGGGAAGCGGUUUGUGUCGAAGGUCGAGGCUCAGAAGCUGAAGAUCCGGAAUUUGGCAGCUGAGAUUCAGGAGAAAUAUCUCCUGGCUGCACAAGCCACACCUCGUGAAGUUGUGGCCAAGUUACAGGAAAUUGUCUCGCAGCUGCAUUCAGCGUGUUUAUCGCAAGAAAAUCUUACCAAGGUAGGCUUAGUGAGUUUUAGUUGAUACGCCUGAAUGCAGAUAAAAUGAUUGUUUGGAGUGCCUGUGAGACGAUUGAAGUGUUAUUCUCGUACUUAAUCAAUUCCAAAUUUACUUUUACCCUUGAACUCUCAGAGAGAAUACUAAAAGUUGUUAUCUUGAUCGAGCGCAAAAUUAUCAUAACUAAGUUACAAGGACAUGUUUAUUAGUUAGAGGGGGGAGUUAAACAUUAGACCGUGCGAGUUGAAGGGUUGAGCGAAAAUGCGCCGUGCCAAUUACUGCACUUCAAUUUCAGAAGUUAGUCCGAUAUUUUGGUAAAAAUAAUUUUAUUUCCUUAUUUUAAUCUAGGCGAGUGUUCAGGAUCAGGCAAUUAACCCUCACAGUGCGUCUAUCCAUCUAGGAGUAGAAAUGAGUAAAAGCAGUAUGCCAGGGAUUCGGGAAAAAAUGCCGCGGUUGGGGGGUAGGGGUGGUGGGGAUAACUGUGAUAUCCCAGCAUCCCGGGAAGUAGUAGUAGUCUUUAUGCUACAAAAACCUCAAUAAUUAUGUUAUGAAAUUUAUGUAUGUAGACUGAAUCUUUAUUCUUUAACUUUUUAUCGAUAGGGAGGGGAUGGGAAAGAAUCUUGGAGAGAAGAAAUGUUUACUGCGCUGAAAGGCCUUCUGCAAGUACUACAGGACGACGCCACUGUUUCAUCGUACGAGCUACAAUCAACAGGACUGGUCACAGCCCUUCUACGCUGUCUUCACCAGGUAGCAUACAUCGUACAAUAGCUAUAUUUAUUCAGUUUUCGUAUGUAGAGCAAUUUUCACAGCGGUAAAUUACUCAACGUACAGUAGCCUCUAUACUGAUUGUUGUUUAAGCCUCCGUAUGACCUACGCAAGUUAAGACCGUGUGCGACUGGAUUAAGGUGUUGCUUCUUUAUGACUUUGCUCUCUUUUCUCGUUCGUCAGGGAAAUCUACUUGUCCAGAGCUGUCAUCAAUCUUUUUGCUUUUCUGUACAAGUACUGUAACCUGGUGUUUAUUUAAUUCUUGUUUAUCAUCUUUCAGAGUGGUAAAACUGUGCCCUCCGACAACGAAAAUGCCAACAACCGGGCAGCGGAAUGCAUCGCUGAAAGAAUAGAAGUAUUCAAGUCAGCUUUUGGAGAAACAGAAGAGCAAUUGAACGAAGAAAAGUACGUGGAUAGAUUAAUGAUCAAGGUUUACCUUUCUUUGAAAUCACCUAAAAUACAAAUCAUCUGAUUUUGCCUUACAAUUUUUGUUUGUGACGUAUCUUUGCAGUACUGAUGAAGCUUCAUCUGCAACGAUCCUUGUGAAGAAGCUAGUGGCUGUCUUAGAGUCGACAGAGAAGCUGCCUCUUUUGACUUACGAAUGCCCAGGAUCUGGUCUUCAGGUGUGUUAAAGUUAUAGCUGUGAACUGUCAGCAGACUACGAGUUGUCCCUUAUUUUCGGAGAAGUCCGUCGCACGAGUCCUGCAGUGCAUCGACGUCAACUUUUUUUCGCUGAUUUUUUGCACUCGCGCGACAGACUUCGUCGAAGGGAAGAGAAUUCUCGUAGUCUAAACUUUAAGAUGCAACAAGCCUAACCUACCCUAGUGUUAUGAGGUUGUCAAGAAAUAAAAAGAGUUUAACCCAAAGAUCGCGGUAGGAAAGCUAAUUGAUGACAUAAAUAUGUUUCGUUUAUGUAACGAGAGGGAAGUACUUCCGCUAAAAUUUUACUUCAAACUAUAUUUGCUAGUCAAAAAGAGGUUAGGGGAUACAGAACUCUGCCGUGAUUUAAAUUAGGUCUUGCCAGAAGUACAUUGAAAAAUAACACAGGAAUCAAAUACAGAUAAAGCUUUGGUUUAAAUACCUUCGCUCUCAACUUAUUUUGCUUGAUUUUGCUUCUCAGGUGCUCGCAAGGCGUUUAAGAUUCCAGUUAGAACGAGCGCCAGGAGAGAGUUCUCUAAUUGAUAGAACAGGAAGAACUUUAAAGAUGGAACCACUAACAACUGUGGGAGAUUUAGAACGAUAUCUUUUGAAAAUGGUGAGACUAUGUAUGCGUACGGAUUAUACUUGUGGCAGCCUCCCCUCCCUCAACUGUAAACGCAACUUUCACACAACUACAUCGUCUUUGUUUGACAUUUGGUGACUUGCAUUCUUCCGUGUUUUUUUUCUUUUUUGACACUCCAUCAAAAGUGCUCUUUCUUUCGUUUCCUCAGGUUGCUAAGCAAUGGUAUGACCACGACAGAAGCACCUUUAACUUUGUACGUCUCCUCAAAGGAGGAAACAAGACCAGCUUCACUCACAUGCAGGAUUUUGACGAGAACGGUAUCCUUUACUGGCUUGGUACUAACGGAAAGUCCACUCCUGACUGGGUUAACCCUGGUUCAGUUGGGAUCGUGGCAGUCAGUACUUCAGAGGGGAGAGGACUGCCUUAUGGAAAGGUCGAGGACAUCCUGAGUAGGGAUGCUGCAGCGCUCAACUGUCACACCAACGAUGACAAGUAAGUCGUGUUGCGAGGAGCAUUCGCUGCCCUUGUUGUUAGGAUGUGUGAAUACUUAGUGAUAGAGAAAAAAAGGACUUUUGAAAUUUACAGUUGGAAGUCUUCCCUUUGGGGUACUCUUGUGACUGUUUCAUAGUCAAUUAUCUCAGCUCGCAAAUGUUUCUGGCAGGAUACCGAAAAUUAUCCGAUUUUAGUGCGCAUCGGAACGCAAAUCCCUCAGACAGCUGCAGUUUCUGACGUUGACUGUUUUUUUUCCCACAGAAAUGCCUGGUUUGCCAUUGAUCUAGGCGUUUGGUUUAGACCAACCUGUUAUACACUCAGGCAUGCGCGUGGAUAUGGAAGGUGAGUUUCUUGAUUCUCUGCGGUGACGUGCUCAUUACAGUUAAUCUGGACAAGAAUGAACUAUCUUUUUUAACUUCAAAUUUAUCGCUGUACUAUUUAGAACAUCACAAUGCUUCGGUAAUUUAACAUAAUUGCCUUCGUUCAAGAAGUCAUAAUCGGAUAAAGUGAAUAGAAACUUGAGUUAAAGUAAGCACUCAAGGGCAAGCGGGAAGAAGUACUUAUAACCCUUGAACUCCUAUAAGUGACCAAGAAAUAAUUUCUCCCUACAAUUUCAAUACAGUAUCACGCAGACAAGUGAUGAGAAUAAUGAGACCUAUCAAUUAGGUGAUCAUUAGUCCACCCAAUGCCAAAUUCUCCAAACUAACAUCUUAAGAAUUGCUUGGCACUCAGUGAGGAGAAUUACCAGUUCGAUCUGAUGAGGAAUUCUGCUCAGUUUGUCGGAAUGUCAGUCACUGCUACCGACAACAGUCCCUCCCAGGACUUCUCUUAUCCCAAUGAUAAGUCCACACGCUCAAAUGUUACGUCACGGUUCAAACUGUUUAUUGUCAGGACAGAAUUUGUUUUAAAAGUUGAGAACUUCAAGGUUUUAGUUUUGAAUGAGUUAAUGACAAAUUAUAUAUACCUGGAUAAAUCGAUUCUUAGGUCUGCUCUUCGCAACUGGCUUUUCCAAGUGAGCAAGGAUGGAAAGACUUGGACAACACUCUAUACUCAUACAGAUGAUAACUCGCUGAAUGAACCCGGGUAUGAAAUCUUCCUCACUGGGAAUUUAUUGUGAACUGUCUCUCGUUUUACGCUCGUGCGUGUGUGUUAUUUUAGACCAAGAGCAGUGGCUCCUUUUCAGCAAAUUCCGUCGCAUAAUUCAAAGAAAAAAACAGCCAAAAAAAUUGACGAUAGUGCCAGAACUCUGGGAGUGAAUAUUGUAAAAAGCAAAACCGAGGUAAUCGGUUUUGCUUUUUAACAGCCAAUCAGAGAAAUGAAAACAUCUUAAAGAGCCAAUGGAAACUCGAAGUGAAAACAAUCCAACUUCCGAAAAUGCGGGAAAACAUGGAGAGAGUGACCAAUCACAGAGCGAAGUUAAGCAAAAGCAAACAAAAAAAUUCCGGAUUACUUUCGACACUCAAUUGGAAAAUUGCUCUAACUUCAGGUGUAGGUUUUUAGGUAGAGAGGAAAACUAGAGAUCCUGAAAAAAAAAACUUUCGAAGCGAAGGAGAGUUCCAACAUGCGAAGCCAGUUCCCUAGAAUGGAACCCAGACCACGAGGAUCAAGGAGAAUGAUCUCACUACUACGCUAUCCUCGAUCCCGUAAAUAGUAAUGAAAUAAUAAAUAAGUUCUGAUGUUACCUUUACUCAUUUUCUUUGGAUCAAGACAGAUGCCUUAACUCCCCUUCUAUCAACAGGUCAACAGCUUCCUGGCCGCUGGAGCCUCCGUCUGACCAAGAAGGAUGGAGACACGUUCGUUUGCAACAAGCUGGCAAAAAUGCCAGUGGUCAGACGCAUUAUCUGUCCUUAUCGGGAUUUGAAGUGUACGGAACAGUAAUGACGGCCGUUGAAGAACCGCUGGGUGAGUCGCAGUGGAAGAGCUCAUGCCCUUUCACUUCCAAAAUUUCUCCUCGCACUAUCAAUAAAGUAUCAAGCAAGUUGCUUUUUCAAAUAAAAUGUAUUGCUUUUCUAAAUAGAGUGUACUGCCUUUUUGCAGCUCCAGAGUUGUCUUCUUCCAAGAGUGGUACAGCUGGUGAGAAACUUGCUAAGUCACUGAAGCCCAGCUGGUCUCUGAGUCCAGGCAAGGCUGCGAGAGAGGUGGAAGCCGCCUUACGUCGUCAGCGCCGCCUCAUUCGCUCCCAGAUGCUGAAGCAUUUGAAUGUGGGUAGCAAAGUGGUCCGAGGGGUGGACUGGAAGUGGAAAGACCAGGAUGGAAGUCCCCCCGGCGAGGGCCUGGUUACAGGGGAGCUGCAGAACGGUAACGGUGAUAACAGAUUUUUUUGCUUUUCUAGGGAAGGGAGGGUGGAGAAGUGUGGGAAAGGGAAGGGAGGGGGAGAUUAUGAAUAGUGAUUCGAAUGAAUGCAGGGGUUUCAAUAAACCCUUUUUGAUAAACAGAUGGUAAAUUAGGCGGCUGCAAUCAAAAAGGGGCCGCAAGGUGAAACUUAAAUAGAGAGCCUGCAUGCUGACUAAAUAGAUCGCGUAGACCCUGGUAACUGGCUUUUAAUGAAACCUCUGUGUGUGUCUAUUGAGAUGUAAUAUUAAGAAGCUUAAAGUUUUCUGAUUUUGAUAGACCCUUUAGACUUUUGAAUGAAGGAAUGGCGACCAAGAUCUUGUCGAUGAUAAUUAGAAAUUAGGAAGAUCGAGGUGCUCAUUACGAAUGCGAGAAAGUUGACUUUGUCUUUCUAUGGUCUCAUAUGUGUGCCGGACAAUGUGUUAAGAUUCUUGGAGAAAAUACCCUACCAAUCAAAAUCUAUAUCAAAAUUCUCGACUUUGAUUGGUUACCACCAGCCUAUUUGCACUAAUAGGACUGCGCGUGUUGCGCUUAUAAUUGGACAGUGUUAUGGACAUUGUAUGCGUCAUGCCUGUGUAAUUAGACAGCAUGCAUCAUGUACGGUCGCCUUUGACGCGCAUUUCGCCGAGUUAAGUGUUGUUCAUAUGAAAACUUAUAACUUGGUGGCUAGUUUUUUUUCUCAAAUUUUUUACUAGUUUUGAAUAAUUGGUAACAGGAAGUCGUGUCACCCAAUCCUGUCUGUAAUCAUACUCGUAAUAAAUAAAUCGUACAUCCCACUUCUCGGUCUGAUUUUGUUUAUCACUCGUGUGAUAGCUGACCGUAUUGGACUCCACUCAGUCCUGUUACCAUUACUACUCACUUCUAGGUGUGAAAGGGAUAAAAGAUGAACAUUUACAUUCUUUUGAAGUGGAAUCAUUCUAUUUUAGGUUGGGUGGAAGUAGCUUGGACUAACGGCACCUCAAACUCUUAUCGCAUGGGAGCCGAUGGAAAGUUCGACUUACGCGUGGUAGAGACAGGUCUCUCAACAGAAGCUUCAGGAGAGCCCUCGUCCUCAGCCCGAAGCGAUAAAGGACAAUAUGAGGAGGGACCCUCGAUCGAGGAAGCCGAAGUCGAGUCGCUAGAGAAACGUCAGGAGGAAAGUUCCUUGACGUCCCAAAGUGACGAGGUGUCAAGCAUGGCCCUAGUUGAAGCUGUUCGUGUUGAGGAGAUCCCCGAUGAAGGUGUUUUUACUUCAGAAGAUGUUAUUGAAACUUCAGGGAACACGCUGGUGGUGUUGGAGACAACAGACAGUACGGAGAUAGUGCCCAGUGCUGAUGAACCCAAAGAGUCCGUUGGAGAGGUUCAAGAGAUUACUGAAGAGGAGGGUGUGGUUACUGAACCUUUGAACUCUGUUACGGAGACAGCUUCUAGUUCUAAGACGGCAUCUGUUAAUAUUUCUGUGGCGGAGACUGCGAGGAGGUAAAAACGUUCAUUAAGAAGAGCCCGGGAUAGCUAGAGUUUGGGAUAGAUUUACAGCAUGCUUAUUGCAAAAUCGAAGAUUGAACGUUUCUUCUGAAUUCUCAUGUAGAUCUAAAGGAAAUCUAAUAAUCUAGAUAUCUUCACCUCAUUGUACAAAAGGCCGAAAGGUGUAGGCAAAGAUGUGUUUAGAAACUCAGUCUUCAAGUUGUCUGUCUAGUAACGCAUGCUAUGCUGUCUAGUGACGCAUACUAUGCUACAACCUGUGGUCCAUAAAAAUGUGUUUCAAAAUAUUCUUAUCUUCAAGCUCUGAGUGAGUGUAUAGCUACGGAUCGAUCCAUUUUAUGAACCCUUAAGAUUCCAUGAUCUGAAUAUCAAUUCUCCCCUUUAGCUGCUGAGUAAUUCCUUGUUAGUUAGUGGAAAGAAUUUGGUGUUACAUCUCUUUAAGCUGCUGAGUAAUUCCUUACUGAUACGUGGAAAGAAGUUGGUGUUACAUCAAGAUGAUAACAAUCAGUUUUUGCGUUUUUCCAUCCUGAUCAGUUUUCUUGAUAAGUAAUGGCGAUUGAGAGGAAAGGCUAUUUUUUGAUCGUUCUUGGGAGUAAAGUCUUGUCCCUCAAAGCUCCAUAGUCAACAUAUAAAUUCUCGUCGUUAGUAUCAGUUAUUUUCCUCCGAUACAUUUCGUAAGCAUUCGUUGAAGAUCAGGCAAAGUUUCUUUGAUGACCAUUUCCCUGAUUCUCCUGACCUGUACUCCUGAUAAUGAACGGAUUUUAUGAAGAGAAAGUUUUCUUCUGAUUACUCUUACAGCUCAAAGAGUUAACAACGUCUGUUUCCUUACAGAUUACUGAGCUCAGCUGUAUCUGAGGCUAACUCAGCAGCCAGCAGCCUCUCCCGGGCCUCUGACUUGGACAUGUACGUGGCUAUGAGAGGUUCAGGGCUGUUGACAGGACUUGAGGAUGAUUAUGACCUUCCUGAACCCGACGAUGAUGAUGACGACGACGAUGACGAUGAUGACGAUGACGAGAAUGAUGAGGAGAAUGAAGAUGAUUAUGAAGUGAGUGGAUUAAUAAGUCUUUGUUGACAGGAUCAACGUUACCACCUUUGAAAUAGUUUGGACAACGGAGAAAAAUAUCCUGAUGCACUUUGACCCUUAAGAGCAACUUGCAUCUAAUUUCUCCCAACAAUAUUACUCCUAAAUCUCAUGUUAAGGUCAAAAGAAUGAAGAAAAUAAUCACCAGCUAAUGAAGCCUUUGAUUAUUAGACAAAUUCUCCUCGUCAAAACCUGAAGACAUGUAUAGAGAACAGUAUGAAGAAUGUACAUACUAAUGUUAGGGUGUAGAGGGUUCUCACAAGGGGGAAAUGCUCCAAAGUGGUGGCAGUAAAACUGAAAGGAACGAGACCCUUUCGCCUCAAGAUCUCAUCAGUAAUUAUCCUCUUUGUUUGCCAUACAAUUCUUUUAAUUUUAGUUCAGAGAACUUGGCACUAGAUCAACUAAUAAUCUCCUAAUAACUAUUUUUCAUUAUUCUCAUAAUCAGUUGCUUGACACUAUAUUGAUAUGGGAAGGAGAAAUUUUGUCGUGGUCACUCAUGGGAGUGGUUCAUGGCUCAUGACAAAAGUUUCCACUUAACAGCUCAUUUUACUUUGCGUGUUUGAAUAAAGUUCACCGUUGCUCAUUUGCACAACUUUUAUUCCAGUGGUAUAUCAAAACUGACAUUAACGAUAACAUUCAACGGUCAGUGAGAGGAGUGUGUCUGUAACGUCAUGGUGUUUGCGUUUUGAUCGUUAGGUUGAAGAAGAGCCCGAGUCACGUGGUGGACGUCGCCGAACGUGGGAUGACGAGCACGUGCUCAAGAGGCAGUUCUCGGCGCUAGUGCCUGCGUUUGAUCCGAGACCAGGACGAACCAACAUUGCGCAAACUCAGGAUAUUGUGAUUCCUACACCAGGUAGUGUUCAGGCUGAAAGUUUGAAAUGCCCUUUUUAGACCAUCACUAAAACGUAACAGCGCCAUUUUUAGUUGAGUGCCGAAAGGAAUCGUGGAUUGUGUUGAUUUAGCUUCGCUUUGUUCUCUGAUUGGCUCCCAAAGCUUGCGCCACUCUCUUGUCGAACUAAACUUAAAACUAAAAUCAAUUGCGUCUAGUUCAAGGGAUCAAAAACAUGGAGGGAAAUUCAAUCGUGUCAAUAUCUUCAACAGGUUCUCAAGAAAGUAGUUCAACAGAGAUGACACCUCCAACAGUAGAACCUCGCCUUUUCUUGACUCUCAAGGGACCUGCUUCGUUAACGGUAAAGGUCUUUGUUUUGUUUUCAUUGCAAACCAUUCUUCAACUAGUUAUUGUUGGAGCCUAUUCAAGAUACUGAGUUUUGUCAUUAGACGUGGCACUUUUUUUCUAGCUUAAACAGUUAUGUUGUUUAUAAAUAGUUUUUUAUUUCUAGUAGCUUGACGUAAACGGCCCGCAAACUGAAAGCAGUGAACACAAAAUAUGCAUGAAGAUGGAAGCUUUUGUCCUAGCUUUCCGUAUGUCUGUGCCUCGAAACCAGUCGAUAAUUCUGUGAAAAGCCUCGCCUUUAUCAGCUUAUUUUACGUCAAUCAAUUCUCAAAUUUAGGCUUCCAAGCAUUCAUUGUUAUGAUCAACAAAUCCACCAAUCACAGCUGUUGAAAACCAAGCUAUCACAGCACAGCAUGCAACCGUGCUGUAUGUAACAAGGUAAUACCUACCAGACGCAACCUUAAGAAGAACCGCAACAUGCAGUAGAGACGUCUCGCUCUACAUCCAGCCAAACCAUUUUGCGAGACAAACAAUGAUACUUCUUGAUAUUGAGUUUGUUGUUGUCUUUUUUCUUUUUCAAGCUUCCUGAGGUGGAAAUUCGUUUAGAUGACCCUAAGGCCACCAUUUUCUCUUAUGUGCAAAAGGUCGCACUGGCUACUGGGAUAUCUAAAAAUGAGCGAAUGCGGAGAGUCUGGGAACCAACUUACACGUAAGUGUUAUCAGAGACAUGUAGUGUAGGUAUAUAAAGGCAAAAAGUGAGGCACACUAAGGUCGGCUACUUGCUGGAGUUUGUUUUUGCGUGCAUGUAACCUCGUACAAGUUAAUUUUAUCUGUUUAUUUAUCUAUUUAUUUAUCUAUUUAUGCAUAUAUAUAUAUAUUUUUUUUUUUCAUCUAGCGUCGUCUAUCGUGAAGUACACAGCCCUGACCAAGAAGAAAACCCAAGAGAAACCAAAGAAGAGACCGAAACUACGGUAGGAUUUAAUGUUGAUAUGCUGUCACAAGACCACCAGGUAAACAGUGGCAGGAUCUGUCGAUCAAGUGGAGUAAAAAGCCAACUGUGAAAGCAAUUAACGGAAGCUCUGUCGUAAUAAUCGACUAACCGGCUGACCGACAGGCAGACAGACUGACAGAGUCACUGGCCGACUGACUGACAGUCUGACAGAGUGACUGAACGGCUGACUGAUAAACUGACUCAGUGACGCACCAGCCGACUAACUGAUUGAUUGUCAUACUGCCUCUGGCUGACUGAUUUUCUCUCGAUUACUUACUGACUCGGAGAAACCAAACUGACCCGUUACUGACUAUUUCGUUGAUUAAAUCAUCGACUGAAUCGUAGAUUAUUUAAUUGAUUUAGUUUUGAUUGACACAUAGGUUCACUGGACGACAUCAUAUGUAGAGCGCUAUUUGGGCACUGAUGAGCUCCCUAAGUCUGAGGUAAUCUCGUUCCUUCAAAGAAAUGCUGACGCAGCAUUCCUAAGAAAAUGGAAGUUAACAGGCGUACCUAAGAGCAUAAGGAAGAACAGGAACUGUUCUCAACUCGUGGCAGCCUACAAGGUAUGACACUUGAAGACUUCCUGGGGUGAAGGCAAAAAUAAACCAAAUCUUAUUUGCAUUGUCCUCGACCUUCAGUUUAUGAGCCAUGAAAUCGUGAACAGUUUGAAUGCAAGCAAACUGACACGUGGACAUAGGUCUGUUUCAGGAACAAAAAUUUUCGCAAAAUCUCCAUGUCACUUCAACUUGUAUACGUAACCCUGGCGUCCACGCCUUUAAGAUCAAUUUUCCACGAUGGUUGUUGAUAGUAGUGAUGGAUUUACUUGUACAAAGCAGUUUCGCCUUGAUUCAAAGGAAAAAAAUUAUUACUAUGAUUUAAUGUAUAACUUUUUUGGAUCUAUUGAGACUGACUCUGUGCGUAACGAAUUCUGAUUUUUUUCUUUUUAGGGGAAGGGGGUUGUUAGGAAAAUUUCUCCUCAUCCGUUGCUCUUUUAUUUCCUGUCAGGAAUUUUGCAACAAUUUAGACUCGUCCCCACCUAGCUCUCCUCCAUUUGAGAAACCGGUAUUAAAACAGGAGGUAGAACAGGAAGUGAAACAAGACAAAACAUCCACGGAGCCUGCCCCUGUUGACGACAUCUCCGCAGUUGAAGAUAUUCUACAGCUUCUGAAAGUCUUAAAUAGUAUAUCUACAAGUUCUGCGCAUGACUUUGGAGAAGAUGGUGAGACCAAAUACUUUCAAUUAGUGUUUUUAUCUGUUUACCAAGCAUGUGUGAUUGGUCAAUUUAGCGGGCGGUGCUCUAUUGCGCGGCUCUCUAGAAUUCACGCUGAUAUUUUUCCUCUCGAAAUUCUCAUAUUGCUUGCCGCUUAUUUUUAAAAUCUUUUGGUUUCUUUAAAUUGUAUGCUAACAGCUGAAGAAGCAUAUUAAAGUUCACAUGGCAACCAGGUGGACAAUCAGACAUGGUUUGAUGCUACUCUGGUUUGCAGAUUUAAUGAAUGUAACCGAAGAAGUUACAAUUCAUAGACCCAACGUUUCGACACUCCUGUCUAGUGCCUUCAUCAUCGUUUAGAUCACCCCUGAUGAAGGCACUAGACAGGGGUGUCGAAACGUUGGGUCUAUGAAUUGUAACUUCUUCGGUUACAUUCAUUAAAUCUGCAAACCAGAGUAGCAUCAAACCAUGUCUAGCUGAAGAAGCGUUUCGAAUUACCUUGGUUUGCUUUUGAUAUGCGCAGUCGCGUGAAGCCGUUCCUUGUGACUCACAAUCGUUUCCCAAACGCUUCAUACAUGCAUUAGAUAGUUAGUGAAAGUCUUUCUAUCUUUGCUUUCUCGCACUGUUCUCUCCUCGAUUUUUUCCUCUACGAAAAUGUCCGGUAGCUCACAGAAGUGCAAUUUUACAUUUUCUUGGCUAGCAUAACUGUUUUUUCUUUUUAUUAUUCUUUAGUCAUUGUAUCCUCCAUAAAACAAUAUUGAGACGUUACAUUUUUCUCCUCUCUUUUCAGGUAACGAGAAAUACGGGUUUAUCGUAGACAAUGAAGACUUCACAAGUAAAAAACUAACAACUAAACUUUUGCAACAAAUUCAGGUAAGAAGUGACGUAUGUCGAUAAAAUGCAACUGUGAAUGUAUAUUGCGUUCUUCCUUAAAAGGCCGUUACAUCUACACACUCGUAUAUGCUUUGGGAGAUAAGAAUGACUCUCAUAAUAGUCCUUAGCAAGUUUUAAGGAGGCUUCCAACCUCAGCAUGACCCCUCUCAACUAAACCUCGCCUCUGUGAGAUGCACCCCUCCCUUGUGAGAAGCACCCCUCCCUUGUGAGAAGCAUCCCUCCAUUAUAAGCCCCCUGUCUAUUAAGCGCCAGUUGAAGGUCCUGGAAAUUAACUAUUUCAUUCUCUACGAUUAUCAAAAAAAAAAUUAUCUUAACAAUAUCGAUACAUUUUCAAGCAGGAAGGUGAUGAGAUUAAAAGAAAGAAAGACAUCAAUUAAUUAAUGUUGCUUGGUAUGAUACCAAAUUCUCAAAGCUAAUUUUAUAGGAAAUGUAUGGCAGACAGUGCAGAGAAAUUGAUAUUUAUAUCUUGGGAGUGAAAGGGUGACUAAGACCAGAUGAGAACUUAUAAGAGAAUUUACAGUAUGUUAACUCUACAUUGCUUUCUUGUCUGCAGGACCCUUUAGUGUUAGCCAGUAAUGCCUUACCAACCUGGAGUGGAGUGUUGACAAGCACCUUUCCAUUCCUGUUUCCUUUUGAGACAAGACAGCUGUACUUUUCUUGUACGGCUUUCGGUAGCUCAAGGUAAGAAAGCCGCAAAGACAUCUUACAUGGGGGAAAAACGGCAGUUUCACAGCUUGCCCUUCAGGCGCGAAAUUUUUACGAAGCUCUAAAAACUCCAGUUGCCUAUCAGGCAAAUGAGGUUAGAAUAGCUCAGGGCUAUUGUUUAACACUAGUGACAAUGGUUGAGGUUGUUUCCCCUUUAGACAUCGGUUGACGUGAAUGUGUAACAUAUCUUCUCAGAGCAAUAGUAUGGCUGCAAAACAAACGAGACGUAGCGUUGGAAAGAAGUCGUCCACUGAGUCACAGGCGAGAAGAACAACACGAAUUCCGAGUGGGUCGAUUAAAGCACGAGCGUGUGAAGGUUCCUCGAGGAGAUGAGGUAAAUGUCCCUCGAAAUUUGCAGAAUGUUUUGAAAAAAGGAAUUACAAACGGAGUACGGGAUGCAGUGUGAUAUGUAAUAUGUGAUAUGUGAUACGUUUUAUGUGAUAUGUAAUAUGUUAUUUGUGAUUUGUUAAGCAAGUUUUGCUAUGUUCAAAAUAAACUUUUGAUGUUAGCAGGAGGAGACGCGGUGGCCUAACCGUUAACCCUUUGAACUCCAAGAGUGAUAAGCAUCAAAUUUCUCCUUACAAUAUCACCCCGAAUUACACAUUAGUAAACACAUUCUCCUUGUCAGCUCGUUAGGAAAUGUAUAGAGAACAGUAUUAAGAAUAUGCGUAUUGAUCACCAUUAUGUGUUGUGUUCUUGGGUAAUACACUUCACUCUCGUAGUGCCUCUCUCCGCCCAGGAGUAGAACUGGGCACUAGGGAACCUAACAAAAUGCUGAGAGAUAAUCUUUAAGAGACCCACGUUAUAGCUUUCCGGUUGUUCGUAAGUGCUCGAGCUUUCGCCUGAUUGGAAUAUAAGGUUCGGAAACCCUUCGGAAAUAUAGACAGACUGGCUGUAGCUCCACGACUGGGAGUAGUAAUGUCAUUUUUGUUUGCCUUUCAGUUGCUUGAUUGGGCAAUGGGUGUAUUGAAAUUCCAUGCAGAGCGAAAGUCUGUUUUGGAGGUUUGUGUCUGUCCCUCAUUUACUCUUGAAUUUUCCUGACUAACUGGUAAUAAUUAACAGUCAGAAAGAGGUUGAAAUGAAUGUUUUUUUUAUCGUAUCAGAGGUCUCUUGUGUGAUAGACAUGAUAGCUCAGUGAUAAGUGUGACUCAGCGUGCGAAGGUUUCAAAGGCGAACUCCUUACUCAUAGGGCGAAGCUUCAUUUGCUUCGUAUGCACAGUCGGAGUCGUUAACAGAAGCGCAGAACGAUACGAUCUGUUGAAAAUCAAACUGACAGAAUAGAGAGCAGACUGUAGAUGUUGCUCGCGGCUCUGUCUUGGAGAAAUGUUAGGGGAUAGCUUUCACCCGAUUAGCGUUCCUUCCGCUCAGGAUCAGUAGUAAGACCCUUAGUCUCCAAGCUAAGUGAUGGUAAAUGAACUGAAUUCAGCAGUUCAUUAGAACCUCGUCUGCUCUGUUAUCUCCAGGCUCAGCGCAUAUUACUUCGUCAAGAAGAAAAUGCAUUUUUUCUAUAUAUAGCACUGCUCUCUUUUAGGUGGAGUUUGAGGAUGAGGAGGGAACUGGGCUUGGGCCUUCACUCGAGUUUUACGCGCUUGUGGCGGCCGAGCUUCAACGAAAGAGCCUGGGUAUGUGGAUUUGCGAGGAUGCCAUCGUCGACGAGACUGCUAGAGAGGUUUGUACAAGGAAACUGUUUUUUUGGUCGUUUCUUUGUUUCUUUACUCUCUGUGCACACCACAUGAAGGAGUGAAUCACUAAAUCAUCUUUCCUAUUUCAGGUGGACAUCGGUCAUGGUAUUCGUCCCAGGGGCUAUUACGUGCAACGCGCCGGUGGCCUCUUUCCCGCGCCCCUUCCUCAGGAUGCCCCUGACACAGAAAGGGUAGCAAAGCUCUUUUACGUCCUAGGAAUUUUCUUGGCUAAAAGUUUGCAGGACAGUCGAUUAGUGGACAUUCCGCUGUCGCUAUCGUUUCUUAAACUGUUGGCUUGUAGUGCAUCACCGCCUAACGGCAAAACCACAUUGGCUUACAGUCGGAGCUCCUUACAAGUAAUCGAUGACGCGUCGUGCUCACUCGAGGAUCUAGUAGAGUGCUCGGACACGACUAACGAGCUCGAUCAACCUCAGCCAAGUGUAGAAGAGAACGAAAAUGCGAUCAAUAAAUUAGACUUGGAUUCCAUCAAGGAACGAGAGCUUAUUGAAGAGGAAGAAGAGCUGUCUAAGGAAGAGAACUCUGAAUUGAGAAAAACUAAAGAAAGCGUGGAAGAGAUGCCGUCCACACCUGUAAAGCAAUGUUGGUUUGAUAGUAUCUUGGAUGACAGCGAUAUGGAAGUGGUGGAUCCCCACAGAGCGACUUUCCUAAAACAACUGCAAGAAUUGGUUGCCAGGAAAAAUGACAUUCUUAAAGACAAUUUACUGACGGUUAACGAGAAGAGGGCAAAAAUAUCGGAGCUCAAGUUGAAAACAGCUCAUGGCGUUGAGUGCAGUGUUGACGAUCUGGGGUAGGUGGAAAAUUUCAUUUUGUCGAAACCUACUGAUAUAAAAAAUCUGCAAGGAGAAUGGAGACUAGAUCGUUGCUUGGAAACACUCUUCUAUCGUUUCAUUAUGUGGCACCCUAGAGUAAUCGAAUUCUAAUCACUCCUGAACGAAACUGUGGUGAAGAGUGUGGCUGGUGUUAAGAGAAACAAAUUCUCGCUCUGCCAAAAACCUAACGCUCGAAACGUCAGAUUCAGAGUGGAGAACCGGGAAAUAUUCUUCUGUGCUUGCACUCGAACGUAUACUAACUCGUGCUACAAUUAGUCGAUUCUCGUACUUCGAUUUGUUCAGUUGUUGCUUCUUCCCUAUUUUGUGUUUUUCUUAUUUAUAUUAUUUGUUCUCGGUUGUUAUUGUGAUGAUCGAUGAUAUAGUGAAGUACAUCAUUUAUUUCCUCAUUCCCAGGCUAACCUUCCAAUUCUCACCGUCCUCUAAAGUGUACGGGUUUAGCGAAGUUGACCUGGUACGGAAUGGUGGAGAUCAGGUAUGUGUCGAGAAGGCUGGUGACGAAAUCAAAAACGUUGGAUCGUUUAGCCCUUAACACCCUAAUUUCACUUUGCACAUUCUCCAUACUGUUCUCUAUACAUUUUCCUAAUGUGCUGAUAAGGAGAAUUUGUUUAACAAUCAAAAGCUUCUUCAGUUGGUGAUCAUUUUGUUAUUCUCGUGACCUUCAUGUUUGAUUCAAAGGGUAAACUGUAGGGAGAAAUGAGAUGUUAGUCACUGUUAAGGGUCAUAGGGAUAAGCACGUUUCUUGGCAUUGCAUUUCGAUGAAUCCCCACGUAUUAUCUAGAUCAAACGUUUUCACUCAACAUUUUGCUUCACGAGCAAAUGUUUGAUCUGUUCAUUCCGUUUCGUGUGCAGCUAACAUGAUGUUGAAUGAAAACGUUGGAUCCUUUAGCCAGGGCGAAACGAGCUAGUUCAGGGGAGAGGUAGUAUUGGCUGCUCCCUAAGAAUUACUGAACAAAAUGUGAAUCUUCAGUUGUUUUACUCGUUGUUAUGGCAAAUUUAUUUGACGGUUGAUAUUUGAGGUGCAUUUUAAAUCACGGGAAUUUUUAAUUAAGCUAAAUAUUUGACUUAAGUCUUUUUCUUAUGUGAUUUAAACAAAUGUUUUUCGCUCGGUGAGUGUAACAGUCGAAGCGCACGGAAUAAAGUUUCUAGGUUGUACAACGUCAUAAAAAUCAAUAGUAUCCUCAUCUUUUCACAGUAAGGUUUUGGUUCUCUAACAGCAUCAUUUGCUGUUAAAUAUAUUUAGCAUUUCUGGAACUUCUCGUUUCGUCCUAAAUCAUUUUUGCUUCUUCCCUCUCCUCACCUCCCUUGAGUCGCCGAGUGUAAGGUGGCUCUUGCCUUUUAUUCGCACAUCACAGCAGGUUCGACUUAUUCUGUAACUUAACUUUUCCUCUUCUUUGCCUGUUCAUCAUGAUUGCCUCUCAAUAACUGUAACUUAGAUUUUCGUUAUAAUAAUUUGUAACAGAUGUUAACAACAGAAAAUGCUGAGGAAUACAUAAAGCUUGUCAAGGAAUUCUGUUUAUACACUGGCGUGCAACUUCAGUUGGACUCAUUUAGAGGUAAUAUUUUUGUUCACGAAUUGUAGAAAUAACCAUGAGGUUUUCAUGUCGUGAAAGGAUAUUUCACGAAAAAAUAUGAGAGAAGAUUGUUGAGAGCACUUUUCGAUUGAGUGUCGUAAAAGCAAAACUGAUGUAAUAACAACAGCCAAUCAGAAGAAGGGAAAAUACCCUGAAGAGCCAAUGAGAAAUCAAAGAAAAAACAGUCACACCGCCUCAAGCGCGGGAAACGCAGGCGAUCAAUUCGUGAUUUUUGUAAAUUUUACAUAUGACUGGUUGAGAGAGUGGUAUGAGUUUUCUGGACCAAUCACAGAGCGAAGUGGAGCAAAAGCAGAGUAAUCUCGAAUUUCUUUCGACACUCAAUUGAAAAUUGCUGUAGUUGUUUGGGAUGAUUGUUACGAGUUAUUUAGAUAUAGUAUUGGGUUGUUUUUCUUAAAGUUAUUGUACAGUAUCUUGGUGUUUCGAUUGCUGCUGCAAGCUAGCAAUCGCUGGUCUCUGCAAAAGUGAACAUGAAAUACCACGAGUGGCAAAAGUAGUGGCGGAACGUACUUUUCAGAGAUGAAAUGGUUUGAUCUGAGGUUGUAAAAGUUGAUAAAAUAAAACAGCAACAAAUUAACAGGACAGGUAAGAAAACCAGUAAUUCCUUCAUUUGAUAAGCGUUACCAUCAACCUUCGUUUUGCAGAUGGGUUCAACUCCGUGUUUCCAAUCGAGAAACUUAGUCCAUUCACUCCAGACGAGCUACAGCUAAUGUUGAGUGGAGAACAGGUUCCACAAUGGACCAGGGAAGACAUAAUGAACUACACCGAGCCCAAGUUUGGAUACACACGGGAAGCGCCUGGCUUUCAGAGAUUUGUGAAUGUGCUGGUUAACAUGACUGGCGACGAGAGAAAAGUAAGAAAAUAGUUCAUGCUUGUGUGUAGCGUCUUUGCAUGAAUGGUAGUGUAUUUGUCGUCGUUGGUUCGUCAGAUCGCGUCUGUUAGAGGCGCGGUGGCAUAGUAAUUAGCGCGUUGGACCGUGAAGUAAGAGGUCUGGGUUCGAGUCUGGCCGAUGCGAUGAACGUGUGCGGAUUGCGUUCAAAACGAGUGCUAUACUACUUGAGGUUAAUGCUUAUGUAGCCGUAUCAGCCUUUCUAUUAUUUCUAUUUUAUCUUAAACCUCUACAAUUUUUUUUUCCCAUCAGGCGUUCCUCCAGUUCACCACAGGUUGUUCGUCCCUGCCUCCAGGCGGUCUCGCCAAUCUUCAUCCUCGCCUCACUGUUGUGAGAAAGGAGAGUGAAGGAGAUGGCUCUUUCCCGUCUGUUAAUACGUGCGUACAUUACCUUAAACUUCCGGAAUACUCUUCGGAAGAGGCCAUGCGAGAGAAGCUCCUGGCAGCCACAAGAGAGAAGGGAUUCCACUUAAAUUAGGCCAGUUCGAGUCGACUCUUCCAAAAACAUGUCACUGUAAUGAUUCGCGUGACAUCAUUAGAGAAGCCUUGCUUGCGGUUUCCGUCCUUUUGCCAUGAAUUUAUUGUUUGUGUUUAUCUUUCAUUAGCUGUAGUAAUCUUAUGCGCCUUUCAAAAUAGUCGCGUGUAAUUGUGGAUCGCUUAUUCCUAUAUCGUGCCUUGUAAAUGUUUACCUUAACGGAAAUUGUUGAUUGGAAGGCGCUCUUUCUGUUUUUCUGUCAAAGCUGCUCAUUGUGAACCGAGGCAACAAAGUUCAACAGAAUUAAGGCUGUUUCAGUCAUUUUACGGUGACUGAUCACAUUCGGGAAGGGGCGGAAGGCAAAUAUUUCAGCUGUAUCAUGAUGCAGUGGGGAAGUUCACUCGUUUGUUUCAACUGUUUACCAAACUUACAACAAUGUUGAUUGUUAAAUCUCUAGGUAGACAUUUUCUUUAAAAAAUAUGUUGUUGCUCUAUAAAUAGGUAAAUGCGUAAUUUAAAUUAAAAGAAUUGUCAAGCGAUUUCAUUUGAUUUGUCUGGUUUCUCAGUGUGCUACUUUAAUUUAGCUAAUUCAAGGAGAGUAGUUGAAGAAAAGGAAAAUAUCCAAACUCUAAAACGCAAAAGUUUGAUUUCGAUGUUGCAUCUGAUUGGCUGAGAGGCCGACGCGGUUGAUCUACACUAAUCAGGGAGCAGAUUUAAGCAAACCCGAUGGAAAGGACAAAGCCUGCAUUAUAUUCUGCCUUUUUCAGGGAAACAAACGCAAGCUUGCGCGAGGGGAGUGUUUUUGCACUUCUCUCCAUGGGUAAAUGUAAUAAAAUUACCCCUGUUCUUUAGCUACCUGGGAC